GAGGGCCCUAUGGAAGGAGAAAAAAAGACAACACGAGAAAAAUUAGUAUUUUCUACCUUCUGAAAUUAAUGGCCAUGAGUUCGUAUAUGGUGAACUCCAAGUAUGUGGACCCCAAGUUCCCUCCGUGCGAGGAAUAUUUGCAGGGCGGCUACCUAGGCGAGCAGGGCGCCGACUACUACGGCGGUGGCGUGCAGGGUGCAGACUUCCAGCCCCCGGGGCUCUACCCACGGCCCGACUUCGGUGAGCAGACCUUCGGAGGCGGCGGCCCUCGGCCCGGCUCCGCGCUGCCCACACGGGGUCACGGGCAAGAAGCCAGUGGCCCCGGCGGCCACUACGGAGCCCCAGGAGAGCCGUGCCCCGCGCCCCCCGCGCCCCCGCCCGCGCCCCUGCCCAGCGCCCGGGCCUGCAGCCAGCCGGGCGGCCCCAAGCAGCCGCCCCCCGGGACGGCACUCAAGCAGCCCGCCGUGGUCUACCCGUGGAUGAAGAAGGUGCACGUGAAUUCGGUGAACCCCAACUACACUGGCGGGGAGCCCAAGCGGUCCCGGACGGCCUACACCCGGCAGCAAGUCCUAGAACUGGAAAAGGAAUUUCAUUUUAACAGGUAUCUGACGCGGCGCCGUCGGAUUGAAAUUGCUCACACCCUGUGUCUGUCCGAGCGCCAGAUCAAGAUCUGGUUCCAGAACCGGAGGAUGAAGUGGAAAAAAGACCACAAGCUGCCAAACACCAAAGGCAGGUCCUCGUCCUCAUCCUCCUCUUCGUCCUCCUCCUGCUCUUCCUCAGCUGCUCCUGGCCAACAUUUGCAGCCUCUGGCCAAGGACCACCACACGGAUCUGACUACCUUAUAG